AUGCCGUCCAUAUCCCUCAACCGGCCCACCCAACAACCUACCCUCUCAAUCCAAAACCCCCUCCCCCAAAUUCUCCACACCCCCUCAGGACUGGCCCUAAUCGAACUGCAAGGAAGUGUCCUAAGCGAGCAAACCUCCCACCAAGUCUCCACAGCCAUAAACCUCGGCCGCCUAGUAUUUCCCGCCGACGACUCAUCUCAAACUUCCGAAUGGGACGGCAAGCGCGUAUUUCUUUUCGUGGGCAAACAUCAGCGCAUGGCUGGCGAGGUCAAGAAAUUGGGUAAAGCUAUCGCUGUUGUGAGGAAGUCGAGGAGGGAAGGGGCUGGGGAAGGGGAAGUGGAAGUCGAGGAGAUUGUGAGGUUUAAGAUGAUUUUUGCGCAUCGUCCGGAACCUAUGGGUGCUGAGCAGAAACUUGUUGGGGAGGGGGAGUGA